GUUGCGCUCGCGCGAGAAAGGGAUUUUCCAUGCAGUCUGACACCGUACACAAUACAAAUGUUCAGUUCAGUGUCCGAUAAGAUAAAGUCGUUUAUUUUCCAACCAUCACACGAGGAAUCAAACCUCAGUGUUUCAAGAAAACGCAAAAGAAUUACGGAUGAAACUGAUGGUCAGGACUCCGAUAUCGAGAUUGUUGAAGUUAAGAGACCUAAAAAGGAAUCCACAAGCUCAUUCUGGUCUUACCUGAAGCUACCAGUCAACAAGAUGGCCCAGUGGGUUCGGCAACGAGGAUCGGGCAAUUUCUCCACAGAGUUUGGUGUGCGUGAAUUACCAGAAAACAGCCGAUGGCGCCAGCGCUAACGACCACGUCACCAGGAGCAACAUCCAGCAGUCAGGCCAACUGUCAAGGUGCCAACAACCAAUGGAGGCUCUGUACAUACUCAGAUUCAUGGUAGACCACCUAUCCACACAGACAUAGCUGCUUCGACCUGCAGCACACCUGUGAAUGAGACUCCACGUGUGAAUGGGGAGCAGAGCGUCCACCACCAGGAGGUCCAGACUGACCAGCGGUUACCCCGCCGUCGCCAGGUCACUCCAUCUGUUCGCAGUAGAGGCCUCUUCACAGCCCAAGAGAGUGUUCGUCUGGAUGAAAAGAAACGAUAUCGUGAGCUGCUGCAGACGUUUGCCCCUUCUGUUCGGUUGAAUGAAGAAAACCGAGAUAAGACAGCAGACACUUCAUCUAUCAGGACGAAGAUACCCUCUACCUUCGAUUUUGGGGGAAACAACAGUAUCCUUGGUCACAGUUACCUUGGCAACGACGGUGUGUUUGCCUCUGAGCUGAAGGUCAAGUCCCCUACCCCUCGUCCCACAAUCUCCAGCACACUCCUGACCACGCGGAGGAAGAAUGCCCUGGACGUGUUCCAGUCAACGCCAUUGUCUCGGACAGGCAAGGAACAGAGAAACAUGUCCAAGCUUCGAGUUCACCAACAAACAGUUGUGAUUCCCGAUGAGAAGGAUGAUGAGAUCUCAGAAAGGAUAUCGCCCAGUUUGGAGAAGACAUCCCAUGAAUUCAAGACGUCACCGUACGCCAGCGAGGGAUGGAUGGAGGACUUAAAAAAUCGCUAUUCAGCAGAAGCAAGAGAGAGGAACCGGAAGAUCACUGAAGCAGAAAUAAUAGCCAAAGUCCAUGAGGAAAGGAGAAAAGAACGAGAGGAGAAUUUGGAGAAAAUGAUUAAAGAGCGGAUGAGGCUGGAGGAUAAGGAACCUCCAGUAUUAGAGGAACCACCGACCCUGGAACCAGAAAAGGAAGAGGAAGAACGGUUACCAGACAUCACAAGCGAUAUGGAAAAUAUCAUCUCCACUGCCAUAAAAGGCUUUCCUCCGGACCAGGUGCUGGUGGAGGGCUACAGGCUACAGAUCACACGGAAAGACAUGGCAACCUUAGAUGGCCUGAACUGGUUGAAUGAUGAAAUCAUCAACUUCUACAUGAACAUGCUAACAGAGAGAGGAGAGCAGGAGGAUCGACCCAAGGUGUACGCCUUCAACACAUUCUUUUAUUCCAAAUUAAUGAAUGGCGGCCACUCAGCAGUGAGAAGAUGGACAAGGAAGGUGGAUGUCUUUUCACACGACUACGUCCUUGUUCCAGUUCAUCUAGGUGUACAUUGGUGUAUGGCUGUGAUUGAUUUUAAAAAGAAGAAAGUCAGCUACUUCGACUCAAUGGGAGGCAGAAAUGUACAGUGUUUACAGGGAUUGAAAAAAUACCUUGCCGAUGAGUCAAUGGACAAGAAGAAACAAGCCUUUGAUUUCACGGGAUGGGAAUUACAAAUUGAGUCUGACAUCCCACAGCAGAUGAAUGGUAGUGACUGUGGAAUGUUUGCCUGCAAGUUUGCUGAAUACAUCACACGAGAAGCCCCUAUCAGUUUUACACAGGAACACAUGCCAUACUUCAGGAAAAGGAUGGUUUACGAAAUAUUAAAGAAGAAACUGCUACAGUGACAAUGACCCCCAGCUGUAGUAGUCAUUAUCAUAUCUUACCUCAUUCUAUACAGACAGCUGACAGUUACCGUGGUUACGUGAAUCCUGAAUUUAUCCUUGUUUACACACAUUAUAUUUAUAGAACGUCCAGUUUUGUUGAACUAAGUCAAAUAAUGUUUCAUGUUGAAGAGUGAAUGUGAUCAAGCUCAGCUUGAAUGGCAUCAGCUUUUUCUGCCAGAUUCGCGUGACCUUUGUGACAUUUUUGUGGCACAUGUUGUCGAAGACAGGAGAUCUUAGCCUACAAAUAAUCAGGGAAGGAAUGACGUUUUUACCGUACUUAUUUUCAUCCAAACAAUUUUGAAACUUACAUGCUGUGGAAGGAAUUUUCAAUCAUUAGUCGAGAAUAUUUUAUGCCUUACGGUUGUUGAUGUGAUAGAGAUGUUGGUUGUUAGCUGCCAUUGUUUUUACAUAGUGUUGGUAAGUCGAUGAGUUGCUAGUAAGCUUCUUUGCAUUCUAUUGUGCUAAACGUGUUACAUUCAAUUCACAAUAUACUAUAGAAGCAGAUAGAGAAAACACUGGAGUGUUCAUGAAAGUAAAUAUCCUAACAUUUAUUGUGCAAAUUCAGUAUAGCAAUAAUAACGGUUUUGUUUAUUCUUAGAUGUUAAACUGGGUGUUUGAUAGCUCACAUCCUAAUCUUUCUGGGCUUAUGUUGUGGAGCUUUGUCAUGAAAAUUCAUCUCCUUCAAGACAGUUAUCUGUGUUAAAAUAGUAUGGAUUCUGUAUCUUCAAGGCUUGACUUUAAUGAUGAUAACUUCAAGAUGAAUGUCACAAUUAAAAGGAUGUUUAAGAGAUUACAGAGUGUCAAUGGCUCAGUAAAAUAUAUUCCCAGUACUUAAAGGGCACACUUAGAAAUCAUAUUGUUUCAAUGUUUAUUAAAUGAUUCAGCAAUUUCUGUAUAUUAGUAGAUGUGAACUGGAUAGGUGCAUGGUAAAGGAACAUAUUAAUAUGUAAGAUUAACCAAAUACACAUGAGGUUUAGAAACUGAUGGUAUCAUCUCGAUUAGAGGCGAAACUGUUUCUUUUAAUAUCCAUAGUGAUUGAAAUUAGCAUCACUGAGAUCAAAAAUGGAUAGUAUUAUUCUUGGCCCAGUUUCACAAAGUUAUUGUAGCGUUACGACUGUUGCAAGUCUAUGAUGCAGUAUAGGAGGUUUGACGGUCAUAGAGCUACAAUAGCUUCGCCAAACAGGGCCCAGGUUGACACUUCUGUAAGCCAAAGGGCGUACUGAACAUCUUUAUGAGUACUCUGUGGUACACAUGGAUAAUAUUAUAUUUCUUUCCCAGCAGUGUCGCAUGCUUGGAUAAAACAAGUUUUGUUUUCUUUCCUUGGUGCAAUCAUGGUGAGUUUGGUUCUGACAAUACAGCUGAUGUUUAUCACAGCCUCAUCAAAAUUUUGUUGUCUAAUGAAGGUGAGCUCCAGGACCUAUUGUACUCUGGACACACCAUCUCAAGCUAGACUUGGGCACUUGCAUCCCUCUGUGAAAACACAAUGUGCAUCUGUAGACAGUUCGAGGGUUCACGAGGACACGUGAUCUGUGCUCUUAUGGCCAUAAAUCAUAUAAUUUAUUUCUCCAUCAUAACAUUGUGCGAGGACUAUUCUUAUGAAAUAUAUCAUUGGUGCAGACCUUAUCUCUGUAUAUAUCUGUAUAUAUCAUCAAUUGUAUUUUUUUUGUACGUCCAGAAUAUUUAAGUUCAGCAACGAUUCAUCAUCAGCCAUCUUUCGUUAAUGAGUUCAUCUUGGUGUCAUGACGAGGAGAAUCAGAUGAUGAAGGCAGAGGGGGUUAGCACAGUGGUGGAGGUGUUUCCUUGUGGAGGUGAACUGGUUCAGUUCUCCACGGAUGAAGACACCAUGUGUUGAUUCCAUACCUUCAUUUGAGAGGGGUGGUGGGAUAGCCAAGUGGUUAACAUGUUCGCUCGUCACGCCAAAGACCUGGGUUCGAUUCCUCACAUGGGUACAUUGUGUGAAGCCCAUUUCUGGUGUCCCCCGGCGUGAUAUUGCUAGAAUAUGCUAAAAGUGGUGUAAAACUAAGCUGUGUUACUAAAUUUCCCGAAAAAGAUAGAUGUCAGAUAUCAGACUUUCCCUGUUAUGCCUGUUAUUCAACAGUAGAUUUCUCAUGUAUUUUCAUCCCAGUCCUAACAUUUCAAAAUAAAAAAUUAUUGUUUCUACUGCACUACAGGCUCAAAGAAUUGUGAAUUCUGUUUGUCAACAGAAGCAUAAAAUGUUGUGUUUUUCUUUGUUAUCAGUAAAACUGACAUAUUUUGUAAAUUGUCACUGCCAAAGAUAUUUGUACUUUGUUUCCAGAGAAAAUCAUAGAUAUGCUCAACUGUAAUUGUUUAGUUUGAACUCCUUGAGGAACUAUUCCAUUGUUAAGGGGGCUGGUGUCCUUGGUUCCAAGACUGAACGAAAUUUUACAAAUACCCUUCCAUUACAAUUUCAUGUAACAUUUUUCAUGGACUCAGAGAUAAAUUAUUCCAUGAUUAUUCAUCCCUUAGCUCACCUGUAACACCCCACCCCACCCCCACCCCCACUGUCUCUCCCCUUCCCUAAUCUCCUACCCACCCUCUGUCUCCCCUCAUAAACAACCAGUCCCUAAGCAUGUGUUACAUAAUGACAGAUUUCAAUUCUUUUAAAUUUAUUGAAAACAAAUGACAGAUUUCAGAAGGCUUUUUUCUGAAAUCGAGUAUCAUCUCAUCUCAUGAAACAUAACGAAUAAUCCAGCUUUGUUAUAUAUUGUGUAAAUACACUUUGUACAAAUUCAAUAAUCACAUAACCUGUUGUACAUGACUGAACAUUCAACAUGGUUACAAAAAAACACAUGUAUUUGUUACAGUGAGGGGAUAUAUGUAUGCUUGUAUGUAUGGUGUUUGAAUAUGCGAAAGUUUACUGUACAUAUUAUGAACGACAUCUUAGUGCUCGGUGUGUAUGCUUUUGAUGUUCGCAGGAAAAUGUCUUAUGUGAUCCGAUUGUGUUAUUUGUGAUGAAAUUACUUUCAGAAAAUGAUAACUCCUAAAAUAUAUUGUUCAAGACAAUUUGGAUGAAACAGCAUGCACAUAUUGUCAAUAAGAAGUUGCAGGUUUGGUUUACAAGGGAGAUAACUUAGGAUAAAGGGAGACAAUCAGUUCCAUUUUGCUUUCAUGUUCAGCCAUCUUGAGAUACAUGUAUCAACGUGUGAGGUAUCUUCAAGAUUUAUUAAUCUAAAACAGUAUUAAUUAUUCUUAAUUAAUUAAUCAAAAUUACAUUGAAUAUAUUGGUGUGACAGUGGUGUGAAAAUUGUUAAAACUUUGAUUACAGAAGAUAUAAAUAUGAUGAUAUCAAUGUUGUGACAUUCAGUUGCAAACAAGGACAUGUCAGUAUAUGUUAUAUUGUUUGUGGGUGCAGGAAUCACUAUGAUCACUACAAUGAAUAGCUGCAGAGUAACCUGCAGUAUCUCAAAUGCUUAUUUACUUAAAUUGUCAAAGAGUGCAUUUUCUAGAUACUUGUAAAGUUUAUGCACAAACCUCUAAACGCAUUAUGAGAAUAAGGUUCACAAAUAUGUUAUUUUAAAGGUUAGACAGUACAUGGAUUCCACUGACAAUAAAUGUAUUACAGAUUUAACUACCAAAGAUGUGAACCUGUAACGUGAUAAGAAAUUGAUGCGUAUAUGAUUUUCAGGAUGAUUGUGUUGAUUUGAAAAAUUAAAUAUUUUCUCACUGUA